AUGUUAUUUACUUCGGGUGCUCAGUUGACUACCAAAACAUCGCGCGUCAGAAGGGAGGAAAGUUCUGUUUUAAGUGGUUUUCUCCCUUAUUCCUCAGUGUUUGUGGCCCAGGCGUGCGGAGAUGACAGGCGUAGUGUGCGGGAGUCAGGCGUGAGCAGGACAGGUGUGGCAGAAGAAGAAGGAAGAGGAGGAGGAGGAGGAGGUGAUGGAGGUGAGAAGGAAUAGAGAAAAAUGAAAACUUGAAAAUAAUUAGCGGUUUUAUGAAGAAGGGAGAUAAAGAAAGAGAAAAGCAGGUUGACAUGAUGAUGGAAGAGAAAAGAAGAGAAAGAAUAAGAAUAUAACAACAAAAAAUAGUGAGACGAAGAUAAAAAAAAAAGAAAAAAAGAAAGGAAGAGGAAGAAGAAACAAACAUAAGAACAUACAUAACAACAACAACAACAACAACAACAACAACAUCAACAACAACAAAGAAGAAGAGAAAGACAAAAGAAAAGAAAAGGAAAGAAAACGAGAAAAAAAAACAACAAAAUAAGCAGAAAGGAGAAUAAAAAAAACAAACAAACAAACAACAAGACAAACAAACAAAAAACAAAAAAAAACAAACCCAAGAGAAAACAAACAAAAAAAAACAAAUCAACCAAACCAAAAUACAAAAAAACAUGAACAACAACAACAACAACAGCAACAACAACAGGCCCCCAUCCCCUAACAGCCCCCCAGUCACUCCCCCCAUUACCCCCACACAGCCCCUGGAGAGAUGGGACGAGUGGGUACAUUUAAAACCCCUGUUAGACCAAUUACCAGACCAUUUCCAGCGUGGCCUAAGCACCUCAGCACUGCACAUCACCUGCCUGGCUGCCUUCCCUGACCACCUGGUAUUGGGGACUAAUGUGGGGCUUGUCUACCUGGCCCACCUCCCCUCCCUUAAUCUUAUGAGACUUAAGUGUGAGAACGCAGUGGAGGGAGUGACGUGUGUGGCUGGAUUAAGGACAGUGGAGGACAUGAUAGCAGCGGGCGGCUCAGAGGGCACCAUCACAGUAUUCCAGCUCCCUCGCACACAGCCGCCAAACUCCAACACAAGAGAGAAGGGAGGGAGUGGAGAUGGGCCCCACUCCCCAUACCCCCCCAUCAAACGCUUCACCGUCACCACCAUACACUCAGCGCGCAUCACCGCCCUCACCUGGAGCAUGAACGGGCUUCUCCUCUUUUCUGGCGACACUGCAGGGGUGGUCGGACUAGUGGAGGUUGAGCCAAGCCGAUGUCAGUGCACUGCUCGGCACCUCAUCACAGAAAUGUCCCCUGUGGUGCAGUUGUCGUACCUGCACCAACGCCUGGCAGUGUGUACCCUAGAGCGGGCCUUAGUGUACCUUUUGAUGACUGGGGAGUGUGUGCAGGUUGGUCUUAAAGCAAGAAAACAGCCUGGCGUCUUUGGGUGCGUGUGGUCGGCCAGCGCGCCAAAGAACCCCGGCUUGCUGUUCACGUCACGGCCUGGGCUGCGGCUGUGGGCGGCGGAGGGCACAGGCGAGGUCCUGCACACGCACAUCAUCCGCGAUCUGCCGCAGGAACGCGAAACGAGGCUGUUAAACCCUUACGCAGAAUCAGCACGAGAGGGCGAGCACUUUUCCUUCGGGGUCUUCUGCACUCCCUAGGCAGUCACACUCUUGUUUCACACACUCAGCACUGGUUGGUGGCAUUUGACACCUCGCAGCGCCUCGUUCUAUCCCACAGCGGGAGGUUUCGCUCGAUAAAUGGCGUCGCUGUGUCAGAAAACCGCAUCUUUGUCUUGGAAGGCUCACGGACGCUCCUCUGCCUCAGUACAAGGGCCCCCCAGCGACAUAGGGCUCCUGCAGGGUCCCGCGGUCACCCAGCCAAGCCCUUCAUGACCUCAGUGUGCUA